AAAUAAAAAACCUGAAAUUUGUGACCCAAAGGACCAGCCUACUGCGAGACGCCGAAUGAGUUAAUUACUGAGUAGGCUGAGUAUAAGACUUCCGGAUCAAGCUGGCCUAUUGUCUACGUGUAGUACAGUACACGCAGUCCCGUUUUACAAGUCAUGGAAGAGCUACAUGUUCACCAUGCAGGGGGAGAGGGCACCGUUUUGUUGAUGUCAAACGGCGUGUGUCUGAAUCUUUCAAUUCAGUCAGUGGGGCUUACAAAGGGGUACUUUGAUGGCUUAAAAACGUCGAGGUCGGACUUCGUCACGAGCAAAUGAUCACUGUACACUUGGUUACAACUAAAGCAAUACUAAAGAAGAAUUUGGCUGUUAUGCUCCACUCACUUCAGUUUUGGGACCAAAACGCAUUUGAACACACUCGUUCCGCAGAUUAACAAGCAAUCCCUGGUGUGGUGCAUGCAGUACCAAUUAGAAUACUCGUUCAAAGUUAAUUUCCAGCGAUCUUGAACCAGACUUCGUUCGGAGUGAUAUCUUGUGAUGCUGACACUUUUUAGAUCAGUGCGGAGAUUUUGAAGACAACGUUUGGCUGUGACAAGUGCAAGUUUCAUCUCCACAAUAGGCCUAUCCGUUACUAAUCACAAUCGUCAUAGCUUACGAUCACCAACACUGCAGCUCUUAUACCCUCAUCACCAGCACCACAACCACCAAACCUACAAAGUUCCGGCCAACCUGGUUGCAAUGGAUAGCGAACAAGUCCAGUACGCCCUCCUACAUGACAAGUACAGCCGCCGGUACUUCGAGGGAGUUUACCCCGUCAACGGUCUCCCCCAGGAACGGGUUCCCUGGCCCAGCGCGUUCGUGAUCACGGCCAGAUCUGUCCCCUCCUUUGGCAUGAACCACUGGGUGGCCGUCUACAUCACUCCGUACGGGGAAGGAGAGGUCUUCGAUUCUCUAGGUAAACCACCGAAACAUCCGAUGCUGCAGGAGUUUCUGCGAAAUAAUACGAUCCGGACCGUGUACAAUCGGCUCAGGAUACAGGGCGACUAUUCGGAAGUCUGUGGCCAUCAUGUACUGUUCUUCCUGCUUCAGAGGUGCCGGGGUUUUCAUCCGGAGUAUAUCGUCCGAAACUUCUGUCCGGAUCGAAAGCUGAAUGACGCGUUUGUUGAGUGCUUCGCCCGGCCCCUGCUUAUACCACCUGUCAAUUCACCACUUCUCUAGUGAUGAAGACCACAAAAGCAAGCAUAGUAAAACUGGUCACAGAGUGCACCAAUGCUAUUAAGCUCUUCAGAAUGGUUUUUAACUUGGAACUCUUUUUGUAGAUCUGGUCUGCACAAUGGACUGGAUACACCACUUGCAUGGGCAUCGCCAGGAUUUUUUUCUAGAGGGGCAAAGCAAAAUAUUUCCAAAAUCCGUUAACUUUUUCUAGCAAAUUCUCAAUCGCUCAUUUUCCGAGGAUUGGCGGGGGACAUUUUCUCACCCCACCCCCAUUGACACCCCUGCAGACGCCCAUGUUGUUAAAUGAGUAUUACAUUAACAGCAAUAUGACUUCACACCUCGUGUUCUCCCCCCCCCCUUCUUUUACUGGGGUGGGGUGGGGUGGGGAAGCGGCCCCACUUGCCCCAUCCUAGCGACGCCCAUGACCACUUUUGAAUAACAAAACAAGGCAGCCCUAGUAAACCUAGUAUUCAAAUUCAUUCAGAGCAGCUAUAGUUAUUAUUCAAUUGGUCUUUAUAUACUUCUGGUCUAGAGAGUGGGCCGACAUUUACGAUGGUACUUCCCAACUCACACAAGUUAAACAGUCAGUGAGUCAAUCAGUCAGUCAGUCUUGGAUAGGAAGGGAACAAAUCUGAGGCUAACCUUUUGUUUGGAGCAGAAGAUUCCACAAUUAUCCAUGUUCCUUAUUUUUAUGUGGAUCUGUAGAGAACCUUUGAGAUGAUCUCAUAAGAUAAUAUUUCAUUUUACAUGAUAAUCGGCAUUGUAUUCCAUUGUCACGGAAAUAAUCAAUUUUGAGAGUUUUGAUUUGUAAUCUUUAAGAAAUUCAUUUUUUUGAAUUUGUUUUUAGUAGAAAUAUAUAAAUCCAUUAAUCUUGUGGCCUUGAACGACGAAGUGAACCCAGUAGUCAAACGUCGGUCUGGAUAAGCAAGUGUUCAACAAAAUGUUGCCCUUUUCCUUUAUUUUUCGAGCCUUCAUUUAACAAGACAUAAAGUACAACAAGAUACAAUAAGGUUACAUACAAACUGAUUGUUAUUAAAGAAUUAUUACUUCUUUUUCAAACGAAUAUAAUACUUGAUCUCAAUAUUGAAUGCUCUGCAGCGUUCCGAAAAGGGCUUUUUAUAAUGGGAUUGUAUUUUGCGCCUUUUGUGCACCAAAUGAUCGCCGGUAUAAUUAUCGGGUUGCAAAAUAUUUAAAAUGUGUUAAGUAAUUUGUCCUAUUCUGUAGCUAAACGUGGGUGGGGUUUCUGUUCAAUUUCUUAAUUAUUUUCCCUUUGUUCGGUUUGCAACUCGCACUGAGUUCUGACACAUCUUUAAUUUCGUUGAGAGUAACGUUAAAGUUUAGGCUAAAGUUUAUAUAAUUUAUAUACAAGUCGUUGUUAGUGCAUUUUGUUUUUGGGGUUAAUAAUUAUUUCUUUUCUUAAGUUUGCGGGAAAAGUCUUGAAAAUGUUCUGAAAAUUUGCAACCUUCAUGUUGUUGAUUCUUGAAUUAGAAAAUAAACCAGUCCUGAUAGGAAACGUGUGGCCCGCACAGUUACCUGAU